AUGCACAAGACCUCCUCCCUGGCCAAACUGCGCGAGGCUGGGCAUGCAGCGGUGUACCGGGCCGCGGGCGGGAACCGGGAGCUGGUGGGUCUCUGGCUCUUUGUCCUGUCCACCUUUUUCGGGACCGGGAUGAGCCUCUGCGCCAAGCUCCUUGCCCGCCAGGGCGUCCCCGUCUUCGAGGUGGUGCUGGUGCGCUCCCUCACCCUCCUGGCCUUCACCGUCCCGGUAUUGGUCCGGCAGAAGGUCAACCCCUUUGGCGACCAGCGGCGCUGGCUCUACGUCCUGCGCGGCGUCCUGGGCUUUGGCUCUGUCUCCCUCCUCUACUACGCAGUGACGCUGCUGACCAUGGCGGACGCCAAUGUGCUUGCCUUCCUGGCUCCACUCUGGGCGGCCCUCCUCUCCCCCCUUCUGCUCGCCGAGUGGCCCUCCUCGGGCCUGGUGGUGGCCCUGCCCGUGUCCAUCUUCGGCGUGCUGCUGGUGGCCCAGCCGCCCUGGCUCUUUGGCCUGUCGGAGGGGACGGUGAGCAUCCUGGGACUGGCGGUGGGCAUCACCCAGUCCCUCUUCUCUGCCCUGGCCAAGAUGGCGGUGCGCGCACUGAACACAAACACCGAGUCCAUGGCCGCCAUCAUUUUCUCCAUGGGCGCGGUGUCCACGCUCUGCUCCGCCAUCGCGGUGACGGUGCUGGGGCAGUGGAUGCUGCCACGCACCGCCUCGGCGCUGGCCCUGCUGGCCGCCAACGGCCUCAUGGGCUACGGCAACCAGGUGACCCAGACCGCGGCGCUGCAGCGCGCCAAGGCCGCGCCCGCCAUCGCCAUGUCCUACCUCUCCGUCAUCUGGGGGCUGGCCGCCGACGUCCUGGUCUUCCACGACGCGCCGGACUGGCUGUCCCUCCUGGGCGCGGUUAUCAUCUGCGGCUGCAGCUUCGCGGUGGCCUACUGGGAGCGCCUGGAGAAGCAGCGGCGCGAGGCGCGGGAACGCACCGCCGCCGUGCUGCUCGGGGACGAGGAGGCCGUGCAGCCACUGUUGGAUCCGCGCCCGGCCGCCACAGCGACGUCCUGA